GUUUGUGGUUAUUUGUAACCACCUCCUGACUGCUGGGCAGACAGUCUGAAUGUUUUAUUUAGUGUUCCGCGUUGAUGUUUGCAAAGGUUCACCCAAAUACUGUCUGCAGGCAAUUCUUGGGAUUUGCUACGUUUUACAGGGAUAUUGACGUAACAAGCCUUUUCUUUCACUUUUCGUGCCAGGUUUCCAGCUCUGCAUUCUUCCUCAGAGAUCUUUAAUACAGGGAUCAGUGCAAUGAAGGUCAUUUUUGCAUUUCUCAUUUGCUUGGGAUGGGGCUCUACAUCUCAAGCAGAUAUAGGGAAGACAUUCCACGCCCGGACAUCAAACGAUAGGAAUCCACGGCUGGUUCUAAGUCAUGCCUCCUUCUCCUGGGCUAAUUGUGGGAGUGCAAAGGAACCCGCAGUGCUCAAGUCUCUUUCAAUCCAACCAGAUCCAAUCAGCAUUCCUGGGGAUCUCAAAGCCAGUGCAGCAGGUUCCUCCGCCAUUACCCUUGCAGCACCUUUAACGGCUAAUAUAACCGUGCAUAAGGAAGUUGUUGGAAUAUGGGUGAAAAUUCCAUGUGUUGAAGAAAUUGGAAGUUGUGUUUAUAACGAUGUCUGUCAACUGCUGGAUGAAGCGAUCCCACCCGGAGAAAACUGCCCAGAACCGCUAUAUACAUACGGACUCCCGUGUCACUGUCCUUUCAAAGCGGGCGAGUACUCUCUGCCAAACACUUACUUCUACCUCCCUCCUGUCGAACUCCCAUAUUGGAUGACCAAUGGGAGCUACAAAGCUAUGGGAGUCCUGACCAAUAACAAACAGGAGUUGGCUUGUCUCGAAAUCUCCUUCUCUCUUAAGUCACAAUGAUUAAAUUCAAUCAGUAUCCUUCCAUUCCAGAAGCUGCAGUGGAAGAGGUGCAGAACAAGAAAUCAUCGACAUUGCUUUUUAUCUCCAUGCUGGCGUCAAUGCUACAUUGCUGGUAUUUUUUUCUCCCCUCUAAUAUCAACAGCUGUUUUGCAAUAGCAAAUGCAUUGUUUCUGUUCGAAAUUGAAUCAGACAUUGUCUCCAUCAAUCGAGAUUUCUGUUCUUAUUAACCAGAACUAAGAUAUUUGCUUCUGCUUUUCUGAACUUGGUUCCUGAUUUACAAAUCACUUGGCCUGUCAGCUUUGAAAGCCAUGCUUAUAUAUGGUCAGAGUUCACCCUAGCCAAACAAUAAACAGAAACUCCAGUAGCAUCAUGCUUCAAAGGAAGCCUUUCAGCCCAGCAUUCCUGUGCUGGUUCUUUGAAAGAGCUAUCCAAGUAGUUCCAAUAUCCUGCUUUUUCUCUAAAUGUUAUCAUCUUCAAGUAUUUACCAAUUCUUCAUUUGAAAGUUUACUAUUAAAUUCGCUUCCACUACUUUUUCAGGCAGUGCAAUCUAGAUCACAACUCAGUUUUAAAAGAAAAUUCUCAUCUCCUGUCUAAUUCUUUUCCAAUUAUUUAAAUCUGGUUAUCAACCCUCCUUCUAAUGGAAAUGGUUUUUCCUCAUCAUAGAACAGUUACAGCACAGGAGGAGGCCACUUGGCCCACUGUGUCCAAUGCUGGCUCUCUACAAGAGCAACUUAACUAGUGCUGCUCCCCCACCUUUACCCGUAGCCCUGCAGUUUUAUUCCAUUCAGGUAAUUACCUAAUUCUCUUUUGAAAGCCACAAUUGAAGCUGCCUCCAUCACAAUCUCACAGUGAAUUCCAAAUCCUAACCACUCAGUGUUAAAACAGUUUUUUCUCAUGUUGCCUUUGGUUCUUUUGCCAAUCACCUUAUUUACUCUAUUGAAACCCUUAUUGAGCAGCAGCACUAGGUUACUUCAAACUAACCAUUACUUCAACAGAUGCCAUAUGAUAGUACAUGUGCUGUACUUUGGGGAGAGAUGAUGGCGUAGUGAUAAUGUCACUGGACUAAUAAUCUAGAGGUCCAUGCUAAUGUUCUGGGGACAAGGGUUCAAAUCCCACCACGGCAGCUGGUGGUGUUUAAUUUCAGUUAAUAAUCUGAAAUUGAAAAGCUAGUCUCAGAAAUGGUGACCAUGAAACCGUUGUCAAUUGACAUAAAAACCCAUCUGGUUCACUAAUGUCCUUACCCCAGACCCACAGUAGUGUGGUUGACUCUUAAAUGUCCUCUGAAAAGGUGUGGCAAGCUGCUUAGUUCAAAGGCAAUUAGGGAUGGGCAACAAACGCUGGCCUUGCUGACACCCAUUCCCAUGAAAAAAUAAUUUUAAAAUUAUCGGACAGACUGCAACAAUAAGUUAUUUUUGGUGUAUUAAAGAUGUUCAAAUUAUUAACACCAGUUUAUUCAUGUGACUGAGGCUAAUUUGUAAUUUUUUUUCUCUAUGAUCCAUGUUACAUGGAACAUUAGUAGCACUCCAGGGGAUUAAUGAUUCCGUUUUUAAAGGGGCAUAUUUUUUCCAUUCAUGAAAGAGUGAACGGCAAGCCUUUGUUUGGGGGGAAAGAGAAGAGACCUCUGCAUCAUUUUUAUUCCGAACACAUGACACAUGAUGAAUAUCGAGGUGCACCACACCACAUUUUGUUUGCAAAGAAAUGGAAAAAGUUCUUUGCUAUGUACUUUUUCUCAUGACCUUUCAAGCAGGUCUCAGGAUCUGGAUCUUUGUUAUCGUUUGUAAAAUUUCAUGUCAAAUUCGUUUGAAAUAAAUGAAAUUAACAAUGCUUUGUAAUUUAAAAAAUAAAAGUUCUGUCUGCCUUUG